GGCUCUCCCGGUUGGCUCUGGAGCUCGGUGGCCGCGGAGCCGACGGAGAAUUUAUGAAUGGGGAGAGCAGCGCGCGGAGGAGGCACGCAGGAGAGACAGGUCUCUUUCUGUUGGUGCUUGGGUUCGAACCCGGGGACUGUCCUAUUAUAAGAGCCUAAGCUUCCAGGCCCUACCUGUUCUUCCCGGCUUCGCCAUAGUCAAGACAAGUGUCAUCAUGAAGGUUUGCUUCUUUUGGGCCUGAAUGCGCGCUAAGUGCCUCUCUCCAUUGGUUGGCACCUGACAUCAAACCGGCAUCUUUUCAGCUCCAACGUACUCUCCGGAGGGAAGGUGUCCGUUUGCAGAACACGGUCCUAUGGACCCAGGGCACCGUUUGCUGUUAGAAGGCGAAGAAAACUACAGUUCCCAGAAUGAUUCACGGGGCAUAGGAGGGUCCCACUUCUAGGCAGCACUGCAAGGGGUGUGGCUAAGGCAAAGUAUACCUCCCAGUAUGCUCAGCGCGUUCUGCACCGCGCAGCCUUCGGAGCAUCUCAGUGCGCGCGUGCGUUCUUGUGGGAACUGCGCCUCCCAGAAGACACCGCGCGUCGUCCUCCUCGCCCUCCCUGAAGGCCGCCUCGCUAUCCCUGUGUGUCCGCUGUCCGCUAAGCUAAAGUCCACUGACGUUUCCGCCACCAUGCUGCCCGCCGCAUUGCUUCGUCACCCGGGUCUGCGCCGUCUGGUGCUCCAGGCGCGUACGUACGCCCAGGCCGCCGCCUCACCUGCCCCCGCCGCUGGGCCUGGACAGAUGUCCUUCACCUUCGCCUCCCCGACGCAGGUGUUCUUUGAUGGUGCCAAUGUCCGGCAAGUGGAUGUGCCUACGCUGACUGGAGCCUUUGGCAUCUUGGCAUCCCAUGUCCCCACACUACAGGUCCUACGGCCUGGGCUGGUAGUGGUUCAUGCGGAAGACGGCACCACAACUAAGUAUUUUGUGAGCAGCGGCUCUGUCACUGUGAAUGCGGACUCCUCUGUGCAAUUACUAGCUGAAGAAGUCGUCACACUGGACAUGCUGGACCUCGGGGCAGCCCGGGCAAACCUGGAGAAGGCGCAGUCAGAGCUGUCAGGGGCAGCAGAUGAGGCAGCACGGGCUGAGAUCCAAAUCCGGAUCGAGGCCAAUGAAGCCCUGGUGAAGGCCCUGGAGUAGGCGUACUUUGUCACCCACAGGGUAACAGAGGCAGGUCCUGGGGGGCUGAAGUCGCCACCAGGGGGCAGCAGUGCUCCGGUUACUGGCUUAAAGCUUCCCUGGUGCUGCCUGCCAGGUCAUGGAGGGCUUCCCCAGGCUUCCAGAGUCUGGGAUCCCCAGGAUGCCUCUGGAGAGCUGGCCUUGAUUGCCCCUCAAAGCCACCCGGACAGUCAGCUGGCCCAGCCUAUCUGCAUUAAACACCAGGAACCAA